UCAUGGGCCACGGCGAGCCACUUCCAGCUGGAGCGAGCAGCCUCAUCUCCUCUUGACAGCGUCUCGCCAUGGCCCCAAAGAAGAAGGACGAGCCCGCACCUGUGGCGGCCCCCAAACCGACAGAACCUGAGCGCCCCAAGACCCCCGUGUUCAACCCUUCGUCAAUCACGCUGGAAUUCACCCCCGAGCAAAUCGAAGACUUCAAAGACGCAUUCCAGCUGUUCGACAGAACUCCCAACAGCGAGAUGAAGAUCACCUACGGCCAGUGUGGCGAUCUCAUUCGAGCUUUGGGACAGAAUCCCACCAACGCCGAGAUCAUGUACGUGCUCGGGAGGCCCAAACCUGAAGACAUGCAGUCCAAGAUGCUGGACUUCGAGGAGUUCCUUCCCAUCCACCAGCACAUCUGCAAGGCCAAAGACCGGGGAACUUUCGAGGACUUCGUGGAGGGCCUGCGGGUGUUCGACAAGGAGGGUAACGGCACCGUCAUGGGCGCAGAGCUGAGACACGUCCUGGCCACGCUGGGUGAAAAGAUGCGAGAGGACGAGGUGGAGCAGCUGAUGCAGAACCAAGAGGAUGCAAACGGAUGCAUCAAUUAUGAAGCUUUUGUCAAAUACCUCAUGGCUUCUUGAAAAAAAAUUAUAAUCAUUUCAGAGUCAUUGCCCAUUGUGGGGUUUCCUACUUCAGUUCACUGGGAAAAACAACAUCAUCUUAAGUGUGAAUAUCAUUCGAUAUGUCCAAAGAUUAUCGAUAAAGUUUUCCCUGUUCAUAAUGUAAAGCAGAGAAGAAAUAAAGAACAUUUGAAAUAAA